GGGCGACCUCGAUCAUUCGCGAUCCCUCGCUCACUUCUCGCUUCGACCUCGACGCACGCGACGCACUCGACGCGUUACGACGCGUCACGACCAGCCAUGACGGAUAAAGUCUGGCACGCCGAAGGGCUCGGGCAUGAGUCUCUGGCCAACGGCGACCUUGUAAACGGCGACCACGAGAGCGAUGCUUGCGUCAACGACGUCUCCAUCACCCGCCAGCAACGGGCGUGGGUGCGCCCAAAAGACUCGCCGCUCAAGGACCCAGGUCUCGCGCGGGCCAACACAGCAGCCACGCACGACCAUCCCUCCGGCACAACGGCCGACACCUGGGCAAAGCGACACCGUCACCAAACCGUUCUCCAACAACACUGCGAAUUCUUUGACCGAGACCGGGACGGCAUCCUCUGGCCGUCCGACACGUACAUUGGCUUCCACAACCUAGGCUUCGGGGUCGUGCUGUCGCUGCUCGCGCUCUUCAUAAUCCACAUCAACUUCUCCUACCCCACGCAGCGCAGCUGGCUACCCGAUCCCUUAUUCCGCAUCGACCUGACAAACAUCCACCGCACAAAACAUGGUUCAGACAGCGACGUAUUCGACUCCCAAGGCCGAUUUCGACCGCAGCAGUUUGAGGAUAUAUUCACCAAAUACGCCGACGGCGCCGAGUAUCUGACUAUCUGGACGCUGCUGGCGCAGAUCAAGGGGCAGCGCAAUGUCAGCGAUUUGAUUGGAUGGGGUGGCGCGGUGUUUGAGUGGAUGGCGACGUAUUUGAUGCUGUGGCCCGAGGAUGGGAGGAUGAGGAAGGAGGACGUUAGACGGGUGUACGAUGGGAGUAUUUUCCACGGGUGGGCGAGGGAUGUUGAGCAGAAGAGGCGCAAGGGCGAGAUGCGGAAGUGGUAGCGGCCUACGUUGGGGACGGGCCAUGUCGCGAGUUUCUCGCCGGCGUAAAGGGGAUUCGUGGCGAAGCGAUCAGAGGUCGAGACAGACCCACGCUCUUUGCGUUUGGAAGGUGAUGGGUGCGCAU